GAUGUGUUGAUGCACAAGAGCCACGAGGAGCUGCCGCUUCCACUACAGAGAAUAUAGCAGUAAGCAAGAGGGGAAGAUGCACGAGCUGCCAGCCAUGUCGCAGGGGGGCUUCUUGCAGGAAGUGGCGGUCGGCAGCUACAACAUCCACUUCUCCCACCUCCCGCUCCCCUACGACGACGAUGACUUCCUCCCCGGUCUGCACGUCGACGCCGAAGAUGCCAGCUUGGGAAUCAUGUUUGAUGAGCAGGUGAAAUCAGAAUAUGAUAUGGGAGGAGGAGGAGAUCUAUUCAAAGCUCCAGAACCUUUCUUGGUAGAGGCAGAACUUGAACUAGAUCCCAUGGCAACUGCCGUGCCCAUCAUAUACGGCGGAGGUGAUGUAAUCACAGAAAUAAUCAAGGUUGCAAGUAUGGAGUCAAUCCAAAAUGAUCAUCUAGAUGGCUUAUUCUAUGAGUGCAAGAAGGGCCUUCUGGAGGAGUCAGAGAUCGAAAAUUCAAUUUCUGAACUUUUAGAUGUCAAGAUACCUGCAGUACAAAUUGAUGAGGUUCCACCUUCAAAAGAUCUUAGCCAAGCAGAUGGAUCGAUGCAGAAGAGCAUUAGUUCGGGGUGUUUAAAUUCAGUGGAAUGGGUUCCCAGAAGCACUAUGAGACCAGAGUUCUUUGAUUUCCAAGAAUUAGAUUUUGAAGCUGCAUUUGGUUUGAAGAGAUCAUAUAGCGAGGGAGAUAUUCGGAAUCUUGGAACUAAAAACACAAGGAUUGGAAGUACAACCGCCGUAUGUUCUUCCUUUGAGCAGCUCCUAACCAUCAGUGACCUUAAGUCUGAACAACGGCAGCUAAAACUUUCCAGGUACCGGGAGAAGAAGAGCAAGAGAAACUUUGGCAAAAAGAUCAAGUAUGCUUGCAGGAAGGCUCUUGCAGACAGUCAGCCAAGAGUUCGUGGAAGGUUUGCAAAGACCGAAGAGUGUAAACAUGUCGAUGCAAGCAUCGAAGCAGACAAGCUGUAGAAGUUGGCAGCGGCUCACGCUGCACCCUCGUGUUGGAAGAGCUUUCUCUGCAAGAACAAAUGCCCCGAAAUAGUCAACCUCAUAAAGCCAAUAUCAAAUGAAUAGAUAUCUCUGCUUGACACUGGGAAAUCUUCGAUAACCACCCAUGGGGUGUAUGUAGUAAAAGGCUUUAUAGGGAGAAAUGAAGCUGUGUUGUAGUUCUGUACAGGUAAUUUGAAUAAAAGGAUGUUCAUAGUGAAGA